AGGAAUAUUUGCUGAAGGGUUGGAGCCUUACAUUCAUUACCAUUUACCAUGAUCCGUCAGGCCUCGUUGCGGCCGUAAGAGCAGAUAAUGCUCCCGACACAAUGCAGACCUCAUACCCGGUUGAGGGGUCGUAUCUAAAUCACAAUCACCUCCUAACACCGUCGGGGCAGGGCUCACCCUACCCCUAUGGGUACCACGGUGCAGGCUUUGGGGAAGCGUCAGGAACGCUGGCUCCCUUCGCACCAGCCGGCUACAGCGGCGUUGCUGCGGGCGCCUACGUGGGAGCAGAUGCUGCUGCCGCGGCAGCAGAUGCUGCGCAGCAACAAGCAUACGCAUUGCCAUUGCCUUACAACUACGCAUCUCCAUUUACAGCGGCCUUGACAGCGCCCCUCCUAAAUGCCGUCCAGUCCUCGCUUGUUAGCGCAUCUAGUACGGCAGCCACGGAGGGCCAGCAGCCGCCCUCCUCUUCGGGGCAGCCAUCUGGGUUGUGGCCGCAAGACAACGCAUCAAGCAACUGCGACAACGGCUUCCUGGGCGCCUCCGCCCUGCAGCCCCGCCUGCAGCACCCCCCC